AUGCCGCGCGCGCGCGUAGACUCUCCAGCUUCGGCCGCGUCGUCGAGGGCGCGCGCAUCUCCCGUACCCUCGUCCAGCAUGAGGCCCAUACGCCGACGCAUCGCCGAGACCGAGACACCGCCGCCAGGUCGCAGUAGCACGCCGUUUACGCGUGACCGCGCGUCGUCCGAAGUCAAGCCGAUGCUCUGGUCUGAUGCACCCGAACAUGCGUUUGAGGGCGCGCGCUCUGGCUCCGUGACGGGCAUUGCGGAGACGUCCGCCAGCACGUCGGCGAAUGCGGCGCGCACGACACCUUUAGAGAGUGCGCCGUCGACACCUGCGGGCUCUACAGGCGCCGCAGCCGCCAAAAAGAAGACGCGGCGCGGAUGGAAGGGGUGGGCGAUAGAGAUUGUUGACGAGGAGGGCAACAAGUUCAUCCGCUCGCCUAGCCCCGAGCCCGAACCAGACCCGACCCAGCCACGGCGCAGGCGUGGGCGACCACGAAAGAACCCAUUCCCCGAGGACCAAGCCUCUCCUGCCAUUACCGCUGCGGCCCCUGCCAUUAAAGCUGAGCCCGAAGCUGCUGAAAACGGAAUUGCACCUGUUGCAGCUUUGGCAGAAGUGGCUAAUCCCCUGCCUGCGAUUGGAACAGACGAAGGCGACGUUGUGGGAGAAGGAUCUGGGAUCGACGCCAACGUGGCGGACAACGACGGACGCGCUGACGACGGGAACAUUGCAGCCGACGAUCCAGGCUCGGACUUGACUCCACCUCCUGAGGAGGAUCCCCCUCCGCCACCUAAACUUAAGCUGCAAAUGGGGCGCCUGGCAACUGGGACCAAGCGUCAACGUGAAGUUGUCGCAACCGCUUCCGCCCCGAACAAGCGUUCACGCCUGUCGCGAGGUACGACUCCGCCCAGCUACGCGGAGCCGAACGAGAAUGUCGACGAACUGUCUCGCCCGGAGGCAGGUCCCUCAUCGUCGCGCCAUGUGCAGCAACCUCCAAAGCCGGACGCGCCUCGCCGUCGUCCUGGCCGUCCACGCAAGUCAGAGCCAUCGAAACUGCUUAUCGUCGACUCAAGCGAUGAUGAGGACGAGAAGCCGGCAGAUCUGCCAGACGAUCCCAUGGACGUGAACGAGGACAGUGGCGCCGACAACGCACGUCCCAUGUCUGCUACCAAGCAGGGUGCCACACCAGGCUCGGCAAGCGGCUCGCACGCGCGGGAAACUAGCACUGCUCGCACCGGCCGCAUGUCUGUACUUGCACAGCCUUCCAAGUCUCAGCAGAGAACCUUGCACGACUUUGUGGGACACAGAGAAGCUCCAACACCUGCCUCCAAGGGCCGACCCGCGGACCUGAACUCCACUGAAGGUGCCUCCCUUCUUCCAGAAGAGACAGACGAGCACCAGAUGCGGCGGAUGCGCAAGGGCGAAGCUUCAAGGCUCGCGCCUCAUCGCGAGCCAUCACCAACCGUCCCGCCCAAGCUGACCAGCGUAGCGGAUGAGGCCAGGGCCAUCAUCGCUGCGUCUAAGGCCAAGGCGGAGAGCGAAGCGAGAGAACAGCGUCAUCGCGGGGAGCGCAGCGCCGAGAGUUCGCGCGAGCCGGAGCGUGCGAUGCCGGAACCCGUCAUGCGUCACAACCGGGAAUCACCGACGCCAGAUGGGCAGGGAAAGCAGGAGGAGUCCGAGCGCCACGAUGGUCAAGAAUCCAUCAGCCUUCGCCAUCAGGAACGUGAACGCGAGCUACCACCCGGACACGGACAGCUUCGUUCACGUGAGAUCCAGAGCCAUGAGCUGCGCGGCUCACUCGGGCCUGACAAGCGCGACUUGAACGGCCGCGACCGCGACCGUGAACGAGAUCGCGACCGUGAACGGGACCGUGACCGUGAACGCGACCGUGAACGCGACCGCGACCGUGAACGCGACCGUGAACGCGACCCCGACCACGACCGGCAACGUCAAUAUGGUAACGAUGGGGAUCGACGCAGCUCUAUGUCCCGGUACGACGACAGCCCUCGGUUUGAUCCUCGCAUGGACCGCGACGCCCGUGACCGUCACGUCCCAGACCCUCGAUCCAACGGUCACUACAUGAAUGCACCGCCCCAGGCUGGGCCGUCGGUUUAUCCCCCAGGGCCCCAGUUCUAUGGGCAUCGGCAGCAGCAUGGUCCCCCCCCUGGGCAGUACGGCUACCAGCCAGGCUUCUACCCUGCUCCGCCGCUGCCUCCAGCGCCACCACACCACCUUCCCCCUCGGCAUUCUGGCUAUCCGUACGGGUCUUCAAUGACCUCUCCCCGCGAACACCCUCGGCCUCUGUACGACGGCUUUUCGGCCCGCGGUCCGCAGGAGGAGUGGUAUGGCCACAACGGUCAUCCGCCUGGCUACCCUGCGCUUAUGCGGGGACCGACAGCGCCUGCUGCCCCGCCGCCUUCCGCUCGUCGUCCCCCUACCCAGACGGCUACGCCUCGUUCUCCCGGUACCCAGUCUCCUCGUCUGCACUUGCCGCCGGUGCGCACAUCGCCCUCUGACCAUCCUGUUCCACUCCAACGCGAGCUGGGGCCCGACGCACGUAUGGACGGCCCUGUCGACAGGCGUGAACCUCGCGUCGCAGGCUCCGAAUAUACAGAGCGUGAUUUCCAUGAGCGCCACGAGAUGAUGCUGCGCGAGCGCGACAGGCAGCGAGACCAUAGCCUAGUCGAACGUCGGCUGGAGCGCCAGUACCCAGACAGGCAGCGUGAAGGUGAGCAGCUGUCGUACACGAACGUUGUGCCGGCACCCUUUCCCACCGGCCCGCCCUACCAUGCUCCCGAGCCGCGCCCGCCUCGGAUGAGCGCACAGUACCCUACACUCAUCCUCGCACCCCCUGGCACUGCGGUGCCGCUUCCGACUAACAAGGCCGAGAUCCCCUAUGCCAAGGAGCAUGCGCGGGGAUUGGAAGGGCUGGACCCCAGUCUAGAAGACAAUGCUCGUGGCUUUGUUGAGAACGUCAAGAACAACCUGCGCACGAUGGUGGCAACGUACUUCCUGGAGCCGUCUGCUUCCCGCGACGCCUUCCUGGAGCGGAUUGGGCGUGACUUGGCCGAGUUUGGGUGGACCUUGACGGACGCGUCAGACGGCGCGCUGUACUCUCGCAGAGCCGACGCCAGACCCAUCGAGAAUGGUGGGAGGGGAGGAAUGAAUGAUCAGCGCGAGUGGCGGCCACCGGUUGGUGUCAGACAGGAGCAGGACCGCCCGCAGUCCACCGACGGGCGGCCGCGCCGUGGUGGCAAGUAG